CUCAAACCAGACGUGGAGAGCUCAACCGCGAUGGCCUCUUCUAGGCCCCUGAGAUCAUUUCAAACACUCUUAACUAUCUCUCUCUUCUUUCUCUCUUUAGCCCUCACAUUUCUAGCUUUAUUGUCCGUCAAGCCAAAACCCCAUUACAGUACUAGUCUCCAGCCUAAUCCUUCCCAUGGCUGGUUCGAUAUUGUUGCAGAAAUGGUCGAUACCCAGAAAAUCAGAAUUGGUUUGGUUAACGUAGAUGAUGAUAUAAAAAGCGUUACAUAUGGAUUAGCAGAGACUGUCUCAGUGGAUUUCGAGCCUGUUUCCAAGGAGAAAAAAUGGGAGGAUUUUUUCCCAGAGUGGAUAGAUGAACACCAUAAGUGGGGCCGACCACGGUGCCCGGAGAUUCCCAUGCCGAGACUUGAGGAUUACCUUGGCUUAGAUGUGAUCGUGGCUAGGGUUCCUUGUGGUGAAGGGAAGACAGAGAAGGAGGGAAUUAGGAAUGUGUGGAGGUUGCAAGUAAAUUUGGUGGUGGCUAAUCUUGUGGUGGCGAAUGGGUGGGUGCAGAAGGCUGCAGAGACUGAACGGACGGUGUACGUUGUGUUCAUGGGGUCUUGUGGACCCAUGCAAGAAAUUUUCAGAUGUGAUGAUCUGUUGACUCGUAUAGGCGAUUACUGGGUGUACAAGCCUGAACUAAGGAAGCUGAAGCAGAAGAUGCUAAUGCCUGUUGGGUCAUGCCAGAUUGCUCCACCGUAUGCUGCAGAGAAAGGUCAAGAAAUUUGGAAACGAAGAAUUAUUCCAACACUAAAGGUCAGGCUCAACCACACCGCAUACCAAAGGGUCGCCUAUGUAACAGUCCUCCAUUCUUCAGAAGCUUAUGUCUGUGGUGCGAUAGCUUUGGCUCAAAGUAUAAUUCAAACCAAAUCUACCAAAGACCUUGUCUUACUCCACGACUCCUCGAUAACUUCGAAGUCUCUUCGAGGUUUAAGAGCUGCUGGGUGGAAAACAAGGUUGAUAGAACCCAUCAGAAGCCCCUCUGCUAGACGGGGCUCAUAUAAUGAGUGGAACUACAGCAAGCUUAGAGUUUGGCAAUUAACAGAUUAUGACAAAGUUAUUUUCAUAGAUGCAGAUAUUAUAGUCCUUAAAAACUUGGAUAAAUUCUUUGUUUACCCACAAUUAUCAGCUUCUGCAAAUGAUAAGGUGUUAUUCAACUCUGGAAUCAUGGUGAUAGAGCCAUCGAAGUGCACAUUCGAAGAUCUGAUGUCCAAGACUUAUAAGUUAGCUUCUUAUAAUGGUGGUGAUCAAGGGUUUCUUAAUGAAGCCUUUACAUGGUGGCAUCGGUUGCCUUCAAAGCUAAAUCAUCUUAAGGUCUUCAACAUAAAAGGGAACCCAAAUCAUGAAAUCCCAGACGACCUUUAUACUAUUCAUUUGUUGGGGUUGAAGCCAUGGAUGUGUUACAGGGACUAUGAUUGCAACUGGGAUAUGUUAGCUCGUCACAUAUUUGCCAGUGACUCAGCUCACAGAAGGUGGUGGCAUGUAUAUGAAGCUAUGCCAAAGAAAUUGCAGAAAUAUUGUGGGCUAACGAGGCAAAUGGAGUUGAGGAUAAGGAAGUGGAGAGGGAUUGCUAAGAAAGCAAAUUUGUCUGAUGGGCAUUGGAAGAUCAAUGCUAUAGACCCAAGAAAACAUCUCUUGAUUUGAUGAUCAUCAUUUUAAUUUGUAACCUUAUAUUCUAAUUAAUUAAUUGCUUUUGAAUUUCA